AUGCCCUCUCCUAAUCACCCGCCUCCUCCUCCGCCUCAACCCGCGUCACACCAACCCGGCCCUUCGGCACCCGGCUCCGUCGCGACCCCCGACAUCCCCGUGAGGCCGGAGCUACCGGACCGCCGUGUCACCGCCGACACCAUCGAGGAUGCCUACGUCUGCUUCAUGCUCUACUGCAAUCCUGGUUUACCCCCAUCGACCCCUACACUAACCUUACGCGAGGCACUUGGUGUUGAGCCUCCUGACCCGAGCAAGGAGGAGAGUGCUCAGAAGAUUGCACAGUAUGGCGUGCGGCUAAAGAAAUGGAUGAACUCGAUGCAUGUUAAAGCAUUUUUUGAGUAUCUCAUGGAUAUACCCAAUGAUUAUUGGACCAAGAUACCGGCAGACACCAAUCCAACUAGUCAGCCCAUGCGCGAUGGUGUGGCCCUGGAGGACGACAUGGCUCUGAGAGCACUCGUCCCACAGAUACGACCCAGAAGAGGCCGGAAACGUCCAGCUGAUGACGAAGUAGCCGCUUCGCCAGCCCAAAGGUCCUUUCUCGCGCCGCCUUCUGCUACAGAUGACUUGAGGAUGGGUAUGACAAGCGCCCUAUCGGCAGGUCCCGGCGCCGCGCCUUGGAAUCAUCCCGAAGGGGUUCAGCAGACGCCUCUAUUCCGAUGGCCACAAUCCGCAAUCACGCCCACUACGAGAAACUCGUUCUGGGACGACGCACUGGAACCGCAGUCUGGCGUGACGCCUUCUAAACCGAAACCUGGUACGCAGCGCCGGGGAGCAAAGAAUGUGUCUUCAGCCUGGCGACCAGGAAUAGCUACUGGAGGUGUUAAGCCGCGGGGCCGGCCUCCAAUGAACCGGACUCCCGUGGAAACAUCUUUAUCUGCCUUUUCAUCCUCAACUACUACACCUCCUCUGGGUGAACACAAUACGCCAGUUUAUACCCAAUCUAUCCCAGUCAGCUCAGCUCCUGCGAUAGACGGUGCACCACAGUACUCCGUACCGGCUUCAGCAGCGUCGUACUCUCAACCGCCGCCCGCGACAGAACGACCUCCUCGGCCUAAUAUAUCUCUACAAGUUCCCGAUCGACCGCCUGGGAGCGUUAGACUUGCUACACCUCCACCUGCAGUAGUCAUUAAUGGGGAACCAAGCAAUCACCUACCCGUCCCGGACCCCACGCAGCAGACUCCCACGCCGACCAACUUUACCAAGGCGGCAAAUGAGGCUGUAGGGCAAGGCAAACCGCAGGCCGAGGUGCCUGCGCCAAAGAAUGUCCCACGGUUCUACUUUGAGAGAGGCGAGGAUCGAACGAAUGUGGACCAAGUGAUUGCCUACAUGACCCAUGGCUGCCUUGCAGCUGAAUUCUGCGAUGCAGAGGGAAGACCGUCAUAUGGAUGUUCAAUGCAAGAAGCUGUGGGAAUUACAAAUAGCACUAUUGAGGAGAUGUAUAAAGCGGCUACAUCCCCAGAGGCCUUUUUGAUAAACUUGGCUGCUGUCACCGGGGGCUCACACCUGGUGGCGGCGAGGACACGCAUCACCCGUAUGGGUCGUGAAAACGGGCUCAUGCGGUAUUCGUGCGAGUGGACGUAUGGAUUUGGCCACCUUCGAGGCGUCUAUCAGAUGGAGCAGACAGUGCCCCUCGAUUUUAUCGAAGAGGGACAUCGCAGAGAUGAUGGUCCCACGGGGACGGCCGAGGGGACGGCCAGCACGUUGUCUGUGAGCGAGUGGCAGUCCAAGUAUAAGAGUCUUCUUGAUGAUGUACAAAAGAAGGACAAGAGGCUUUGGGACCUACGGGCCAAGGUGGCGGAUCUACUAAAAGGGGAUUCACAAAAGGUAUGA